AUGGGUUCCAGCCAGAGGAAGAAAAAUGAGAAGAAGAAGGACUUCCAGAAAACGAAGUUCAAGGUCGGCAAGGAAAAGGCCAAGGCCUCCAACUUCACAGAUACUAGCUUCAAGUCCAGAGCAAUUGUUAUGGGCCAGCAAUCUCUCUCAACAACAGCCCCAGAUGUCAUUCAGCAAUUCAAGCACAGUCUCUCUCUCGCCUCGUCGUCAAAAUCUGACAAACAACGAAGAGAGUCACUCGCAUACCUCACUGGGCAGCUCUCAUCAGAACCUCCUGUUAACCCAGUGGGAACACACAUGAUCCUACAGAAACUGUUGCCACUCAUCUCCGACAGCUCGACGCCCGUGAGAACCCAACUCCUGAAGCUCCUCCAAACGCUUCCCGCGGCAGAAGUUAGGCACAGCACAGAGCAGGCCAUUAUGUUCAUUCGAGCUGGCAUGACCCAUCUGUCAGCAGAUAUCAGCAACGAUACUCUUGGAGUGAUGGAGUGGCUGCUAGAAGUUGCCGAGGACGACUUGGUGACAUGCCCAGGAGGAUGGGUCAAGACCUUGAACACCUUUUGUGCCUUGAUGGGCUGGGCGCUGUCUUCUAACAACUUAGGAUGGUCCUCGGCCCCACGCGCCGGCCUCAAGGCCAAGGCCGCUACAACCUAUGCCCGUCAGAUUGCUACACUAGCCAAGUUCCUCGAGGCUGGGCUGCGACCCGAGACUACCAUACCCGAGGAUGAGUCACAAAACUGGGAUAACCUGUACCGAAUCCCAAGGGACUCGAAUGCCUUUGAGUACCUCAACCUGUACGGUUCCCGCCGAGACGAGGAUGGCGAGAUGUAUCCCAACCGAGAAGCCAGACAGCGCGUCUUUGAGAAGAAAUUCUUGGCAGCAAUGGUGAAGGGAGCCGACCAGGCGAAGAAGGAGGGUGGUGCAACUGGACGAGCUGCUUCCACUCUGGACAAGGUGUUGCAAGAAGGGAUGGGAGACUAUGAGAGUUUGACAGCCGUGGAUACACAGGAUCUCCUCAGUCUCUGGUGA